GUUAUGUGGUUUAUAUAAAUACCGGAACCGUCCGAUGAGUGUGAGCCCAGCUUGUUCACUGUUAGUGAGGACAUUGGGACGGUUGUUUGGGAAUGAGACGUUUGCUGAACCUGGUCAUGUUUGCCCCUAAAACAAUCCGCACCAUGUGGCACGACGUCUUCCCGUAUCACUUUAAAACCACAUCUGUGUUGCUGUGCACCUCGUCUUUCCAGGGAGACCACAGUUGCAAUGGGACGCAAAGCAGCAUAAAGGCAUUGUCGUCAGAUCCUCAGCUGUUUGAAGACCAGUUUGACAAGCUGGUGACGGAUCUUUCAGAGCGGGACAUCGUCGACCCCUCUCUGGCUGAUGCUCUGACCAGGUUAAGAGAGGUUUUGGUGUACAAUUCCCCUCUAGGCAAGAGGAACCGAGGCCUGUCUGUGAUUGGCUCACUGAGGGACCUUCUCCCACCCACUCAGCUCACACAGGACACUGUGCAGCAGUCCCUCGUGGUUGGAUGGUGCAUUGAGAUGCUUCAGGGAUGUUUCCUGGUGGCAGAUGAUAUCAUGGAUGGAUCUGUGACUCGGCGAGGACAGCCCUGCUGGUACAAGAGGGAUGGGAUCGGUCUGGAUGCCAUCAAUGACUCGUAUCUCUUAGAAGCGUCGGUCUACAGACUGCUCCGCAUACAUUGCAGGAAGCAGCCCUACUACGUCCACCUACUUGAGCUAUUUACUGAGAUAUCUUUCCAGACCGAGCUUGGCCAAUCUCUGGACCUCAUGACUGCUCCCCCUGGGCAGAUUGACCUCAGCAGAUUUACCAUGGACAGGUACAAAGCUAUUGUAAAAUACAAGACUGCCUUUUACUCAUUUUACCUCCCAGUGGCAGCUGCAAUGUACAUCGCAGGAAUUGAGAGUGAAGAGGAACACAAUAAUGCCAAACUUAUCUUACUUGAGAUGGGAGAGUUCUUUCAAAUACAGGAUGACUACUUAGACUGUUACGGAGACCCUGCUGUGACGGGGAAGAUUGGUACUGACAUCCAGGAUAACAAAUGCAGCUGGCUGGUGGUGACGGCCCUGGAAACCAUGACUCCUGAACAGAGAGCAGAGCUGGAGGCAUGUUACGGGCAAAAUGAUGAUGCUUGUGUGGAAAAGGUCAAAGCACUGUACAACACCCUGCAAAUGCCAAAAUUGUACCACAAUUAUGAGGAAGAGAGUUACCAGCGGCUGCAGAAACUCAUCGCUUGUCACGCUCAAAACCUACCUCACUCGGUCUUCCUCAACUUCGCCAAGAAAAUUUACAAGAGAACCAAGUGAGAGGGAACACCGAUCAUAAAGAGUGUCCGGCGCAUCCGCCUGGUUCCCUUUUGACUUCUGGCACGACGCACCCAUCAUAUGCUCUACCUUUUUUAACAAGGCUGACUCCCGACAGUAUAAAUCUAAAACUAGCAGUUACUUUAACGUUGUAGAUAUUUUUGUUGUGAAUUGAAACAGCUUGCUUCUUUUGAUCCAUACUUCCUAUUUAUUGAACAUAAUGCAUAAUCUACAGUGUCUCCAGUAGUUUCUCCUCUGAAUAAUCUCAUGGAAAGAAGAAAUGCCACUGAAAUGAAUCACACAUGGUCUGGCUUUCAUAUUGGUCUGCCCUGAGGAGUACACGGCAGGAUGAAAAUACAAACAAGAUCCAAUAGUUGAAAUGUUUUUUUUUUUUUAAUUUUGUAGGAAUAGAUGUAUUACCUAUAAAUAUAUUUUUAUAUUGCUGCUGUAAAGUCUCUGCUGGCCUGAAUGUUAUUGCAAUUAAUAAAUAAUAUGAACAAUA